GGCGGUAGUGGCGGUGGCAGUUCGCGGCGAGGGCGACGGCUCUGAGGCCGAGUGGCGGUCCGGCGGAGACCUCGGGGCCCUCUUCCACAUGAUCUUCUUGUGAUCAGCCUUUGUACCUUUUCCACAUUUGAAGAUGGUGAAACUAGAUAUUCAUACUCUGGCCCAUCACCUCAAGCAGGAACGCUUAUAUGUAAACUCCGAGAAACAGCUCAUUCAGAGGCUCAAUGCAGAUGUACUUAAGACAGCUGAAAAGCUGUAUCGUACAGCAUGGAUCGCUAAGCAACAGAGAAUUAAUUUGGAUCGGCUUAUCAUAACCAGUGCUGAAGCUUCCCCUGCUGAAUGUUGCCAACAUGCCAAGAUUUUGGAGGAUACACAGUUUGUUGAUGGAUAUAAGCAAUUGGGAUUUCAGGAGACUGCUUAUGGAGAGUUCUUGAGUCGAUUAAGGGAAAAUCCUCGUCUUAUUGCCUCCUCUUUGGUUGCUGGAGAGAAACUUAAUCAGGAGAACACACAAAGUGUUAUUUACACAGUUUUUACCUCUCUCUAUGGCAACUGCAUUAUGCAAGAAGAUGAAAGCUACCUCCUUCAGGUUUUGAGAUACUUGAUUGAAUUUGAACUUAAAGAAAGUGACAACCCCAGGCGACUUUUGAGGAGAGGAACUUGUGCCUUCAGCAUCUUAUUUAAACUUUUUUCUGAAGGACUGUUUUCUGCCAAACUUUUCCUCACAGCCACUUUACAUGAGCCAAUCAUGCAGCUGCUUGUUGAAGAUGAAGAUCACCUGGAAACUGAUCCAAACAAGCUAAUUGAGAGGUUCUCCCCAUCUCAACAGGAAAAACUCUUUGGAGAGAAAGGCUCAGAUAGAUUCAGGCAAAAGGUUCAAGAGAUGGUGGAUUCCAAUGAAGCCAAGCUAGUGGCUUUGGUGAACAAAUUUAUUGGUUAUCUCAAGCAGAACACAUAUUGUUUUCCACAUAGUUUGAGGUGGAUUGUGUCACAGAUGUACAAAACUCUCUCCUGUGUAGAUAGACUGGAAAUUGGGGAGGUCAGGGCAAUGUGUACUGACCUCCUGUUGGCCUGCUUCAUUUGUCCUGCAGUUGUCAAUCCAGAACAGUAUGGAAUAAUUUCUGAUGCUCCUAUUAAUGAGGUGGCAAGAUUUAAUCUGAUGCAGGUUGGCCGCCUUUUGCAGCAGUUAGCAAUGACUGGCUCUGAAGAGGGAGAUCCCCGGACAAAGAGCAGCCUUGGAAAAUUCGACAAAAGUUGUGUUGCUGCUUUCCUUGAUGUUGUGAUUGGAGGCCGAGCAGUGGAGACCCCGCCAAUGUCCUCCGUUAAUCUUCUGGAAGGAUUGAGUAGAACUGUGGUUUAUAUAACCUACAGUCAGCUUAUUACUCUGGUGAAUUUUAUGAAGAGUGUGAUGUCUGGAGAUCAACUGAGAGAAGAUAGAAUGGCUCUUGACAAUUUAUUGGCAAACCUACCCCAGGCGAAGCCAGGAAAAAGCAGCAGUUUGGAAAUGACUCCCUACAAUACUCCUCAGCUGUCUCCAGCAACCACACCAGCAAAUAAAAAGAAUCGAUUGCCUAUCGCAACUCGGAGCAGAAGCCGCACCAAUAUACUAAUGGACUUACAUAUGGAUCAUGAAGGAUCAGCUCAAGAAACCAUCCAGGAGGUACAACCAGAAGAGGUGUUGGUCAUUUCCUUAGGAACAGGUCCCCAGCUUACUCCAGGGAUGAUGUCAGAAAAUGAGGUCCUAAACAUGCAGCUUUCGGAUGGAGGACAAGGAGAUGUCCCUGUCGAUGAAAACAAACUCCACGGUAAACCUGAUAAAACCUUGCGCUUUUCCCUCUGCAGUGAUAAUCUGGAAGGAAUAUCUGAAGGUCCCUCAAACCGUUCUAAUUCAGUGUCCUCACUAGACCUGGAGGGAGAGUCUGUAUCAGAACUUGGAGCAGGACCUUCUGGGAGUAACGGAGUUGAAGCUCUGCAGCUAUUAGAGCAUGAACAAGCUACAACACAGGAUAAUCUUGAUGAUAAGCUAAGGAAGUUUGAAAUUCGAGACAUGAUGGGGCUGACAGACGACAGGGAUAUAUCAGAAACAGUGAGUGAGACCUGGAGUACCGAUGUCUUGGGAAGUGAUUUCGACCCUAACAUUGAUGAAGAUCGCUUGCAGGAAAUUGCAGGUGCAGCAGCCGAGAACAUGUUAGGCAGUUUACUGUGCCUACAUGCUAACGGAAUUACUCAUGUGAUACCUCACGUCUUCUGUCUAGAGGCCCCAGAUCUUAAGCAGGAGGAGCGUCUACAAGAACUGGAGAGCUGUUCUGGCCUGGGUAGCACAUCUGAUGAUACGGAUGUCAGGGAGGUCAGUUCCCGCCCCAGCACACCAGGCCUCAGUGUUGUGUCGGGCAUAAGUGCAACCUCUGAGGAUAUUCCCAAUAAGAUUGAAGACUUGAGGUCUGAGUGCAGCUCUGACUUUGGGGGUAAAGAUUCUGUCACUAGUCCAGACAUGGAUGAAGUAACUCACGGUGCCCACCAGCUGACCUCUCCUCCUUCGCAGUCAGACUCUCUGCUUGCCAUGUUUGAUCCACUGUCUUCACAUGAAGGGGCUUCUGCUGUGGUAAGGCCAAAGGUUCACUAUGCCAGGCCCUCACAUCCACCACCAGAUCCCCCAAUCCUGGAAGGAGCUGUGGGAGGAAAUGAGGCCAGGUUGCCAAACUUCGGUUCCCAUGUUUUAACUCCAGCUGAGAUGGAGGCAUUCAAGCAAAGGCAUUCUUACCCUGAGAGAUUAGUUCGCAGCAGGAGCUCUGAUAUAGUGUCUUCUUCUGUCCGGCGGCCUAUGAGUGACCCCAGCUGGAACCGACGUCCAGGGAAUGAAGAGCGAGAACUCCCUCCUUCCGCAGCCAUUGGUGCUACUUCUUUGGUGGCUGCACCUCAUUCAUCAUCUUCAUCCCCGAGUAAGGACUCCUCAAGAGGAGAGACUGAAGAACGCAAAGAUAGCGAUGAUGAGAAAUCAGACAGGAACAGACCUUGGUGGAGAAAACGUUUUGUUUCUGCCAUGCCUAAAGCUCCUAUACCAUUUAGAAAGAAAGAAAAACAAGAAAAAGACAAAGAUGAUCUGGGGCCUGACAGAUUCUCAACACUCACAGAUGAUCCCAGCCCUAGACUCAGUGCACAAGCUCAGGUCGCUGAGGAUAUUCUGGACAAAUACAGGAAUGCCAUCAAACGAACCAGCCCCAGUGAAGGAGCACUGGCAAACUAUGAAAGUGCAGAAGUUAUGGGUGAUGGCGAAAGUGCACACGAGUCCCCUCGUGAUGAAACCCUGCAGAACAUCUCAGCUGAUGACCUCCCCGACUCCGCGAGCCAAGCCGCCCACCCUCAGGAUUCAGCUUUCUCUUACAGAGAUGCAAAAAAGAAACUGAGACUUGCUCUUUGCUCUGCGGAUUCUGUUGCUUUCCCAGUGCUAACCCAUUCAACAAGGAAUGGUUUACCAGACCAUACAGACCCAGAAGACAAUGAAAUUGUCUGCUUUUUAAAAGUUCAGAUAGCCGAAGCAAUUAAUUUGCAAGAUAAGAAUUUAAUGGCUCAACUUCAAGAAACAAUGCGUUGUGUAUGCCGCUUUGAUAACAGGACUUGUAGGAAACUGCUGGCUUCUAUUGCCGAGGACUACAGGAAAAGGGCCCCCUAUAUUGCUUACCUCACUCGCUGCCGACAAGGACUGCAGACCACACAGGCUCACCUGGAAAGGCUGCUGCAGAGGGUUCUGCGGGACAAAGAGGUGGCCAAUAGAUACUUCACCACUGUCUGUGUGAGGUUGCUGCUUGAGAGCAAAGAAAAGAAGAUCAGGGAAUUCAUUCAAGACUUUCAGAAACUCACAGCAGCUGAUGAUAAAACUGCUCAGGUGGGAGAUUUUCUGCAGUUCCUUUAUGGUGCGAUGGCCCAGGACGUCAUAUGGCAGAACGCAAGUGAAGAGCAGCUCCAGGACGCUCAGCUGGCCAUUGAGCGGAGUGUGAUGAAUCGGAUCUUCAAGCUUGCUUUCUACCCUAAUCAGGACGGGGACAUACUCCGUGACCAGGUUCUUCAUGAACAUAUUCAGAGAUUGUCUAAAGUAGUGACAGCAAAUCACAGAGCUCUUCAGAUACCAGAGGUUUAUCUUCGGGAGGCACCGUGGCCAUCUGCGCAGUCAGAAAUUAGGACAAUAAGUGCUUACAAGACCCCCCGGGACAAAGUGCAGUGCAUCCUGAGAAUGUGCUCCACCAUCAUGAACCUCCUGAGCCUGGCCAACGAGGACUCCGUCCCAGGAGCGGAUGACUUUGUCCCCGUUUUGGUAUUCGUGUUGAUAAAGGCAAAUCCUCCCUGCUUGCUGUCCACUGUUCAGUAUAUCAGUAGCUUCUACGCCAGCUGCCUGUCUGGAGAGGAGUCCUAUUGGUGGAUGCAGUUCACAGCAGCCGUGGAAUUCAUUAAAACUAUCGAUGACCGAAAGUGACCAAGACCAAGGCCCACCAAGGCAGCAGACUGUUAGGGGGGCAAACAGAUCUCUUAGAAAAUGUACCAGCUGCUUUGAAGGCUGAAGAUUGUUUUUGUAUAAUAUUGUACAGCAUUCAGACAUUUUAAAACAGAUCUUUACUAAACAGAUUAAUGAGCUAACAAGCAGGUUCUCUUUUCUUUGGGCUCUUUUCCUUUCUGAGUUGCAUAUUUUGUUUUCUUGUCCCCAUGUAGAGAAUAGUAUUGCAAAAAGGGACCACAUUUUUCAGGUAUUUUGAAAUACUAAAAAACAAAACAAAAUCUCUAGAAAAUCCCUAGAUCUCCGUUUAUGGAUACCCAUUGUUUCCUUUCAUUAAAAAGAAAGAAGACCAGUACACCUCUUUUAAGAUGCCGUCUAAUCUUAUAUGCAUCUAAUGGAAGGGAAAUGCCAGUUGCACUGAGGAUGAUAAUAGUGGUGACAUUAGUGGCAUUAUCUAUAAAUACACUCACCUAAAUUGAAAAGCUAAGAAGGAAAUGUAAAUAUAAUAUAUAUUUAUAUUUGAUGUAAUAUGGACAUCUUCAGAUUCUAAUAAACAAGGAAUAUUGCUGAUAGUAGGUUGUGAUGUACCCUCUUGUGAAAUGGUUUCCUUGACAAAAUUUAAGCUGAGCUUAAAAGCAAAAGGCAAACAAAUACUCAGAAGUAUUUAUUAAAGUAUAAUACAGUUUAUUGAACUUUCUAGGUGUGGCGUUUAUGCACAGGGCUGCCUUUGAUGAGGGGUAUAAAAAUCACUGAGUGAGUCACUGAGCCAUUUUUCACCGUGGACGUCUUUGAGCCUGCAGUAGGAGAUAGACACCGUCCAUCACACACAAAGGAACAGCAGCUGUCUAAUACGUUCUUGUGGUACUUCUCAUCUGAAAUACUAAAUAUAGUGUAGAAACCCCGAACAGAACUCCCUACAAACCUUUAAUUGUAAUAUAUUUUUGAUGAUGAUUCACAUUGAAUGAACAGACCAGAAAUUCAGUGAAUGUCAUUUUUUAAAAAACUAAUUUGUAUUGUCUGCUCUAGUGAUACAAGUUUUACUAGUGAUAAACUAUUUUAAUCAAUCAUACUAUUCUUAUGAGAAAAAAAUCUAUUUUGGCAGGUUUCUGUGCCUUUAUUUCCCUCUUCUGAACAAAAGUAUGUGUUUCUGUAUUUUGGUUUGGUUGUAUGUUGAUAAUUAAUCAGGAAUGGGUUUUGGUGUCUGAGAAACUGGCCAAGGAGGCACACCAAAGCUUCAAGCACAAGUCUUGGACGUAGGUCAUCGCUGUCUGGUUUCACUUUGUAUGUUUCCUAAACAUGUUUAGCUUCUUUUAUAAAACUUGGUCCCAUACUUUGAGUUUCUCGUUGCCGGCAGCAUCUCCAGGCAUUUUUAAGGGAACUGUGACCAGCAGUUGAGCAGAUGAGUACAGAGGCUGUCUUCUCCCUCUCCAGGAACGCUGUGUUUCUCUGUGCCUCAAGAAGCUGGAUUUUCUUUAUGCCUCGACCUCUUCUCAUUCAUGUAUUUUGAAAUACCGAAAUAAUGAGCUGCUUAGGAGUGUGGGAUGUGGUUUCUGCCUUUUAGGGGGAGGUCAAAAUUAAACUAGUACAACAAAAUGUCCUUUUGAAUGUUAGGUCAGGAAAUCUGUAUACAGAGUCAUGUGCUUCGUGGGCUGUAACUGCCAAGCUUAUCUAGGUCUUAGAAGUCAAAUUCCAUCAUAAAUACUUUACAAGACAAACUGUCUAACUUGAUUUCUAAGGCCUAGAGGGAGUUCACAUUUUAGUCAAUAAAUGUUAAAUCAAUAGCUGACAUGGAAUUGUUGAAAUUCAUUGUUUUGGGAUUUAACUUGUAAGUGAACAAGAGAUUUUUGCCCCCAUGAUGGUUCCUGAAUCUAUUCCAUGUUAUCACUGUGGAAAUAAAUGUGAAGAUGUGGACGUUGCACAGAGCUCUUUUCUGUGGAGGAGGAGGUGGUGAAUUUGGGGAGUAGGGCUACAGUGGAGGCAGGGGAGAGGGCUGUGCAGUGCUCGAGACGUUGGUGAGAGUAGAACCCAGAGAUUUGGCAUCAGGGUUAAACGUCUCUGAGGCAGAGGUGAGUGCUUGCUUGACCCAGGUGCUAUCAGAGCAGCACAGCCCAGCGGUUUAAGGUUUAACUGUUUUCCUCUGGAAACCUGUCAGGGGUAAGGACUACUUCAGCAUUAACCAUCACUGGUUUAAUUUCAUGACAGAUUUUAUUACAGUGUUGAUUUCUGAGUUUAGGAAUUGGUAACUGUCUGCGUGGCAGUGGUGGGGUGUGAGAUAGGGAGUAAUUGGAUCUUGAGGAAUAGUUGUUCUUCAAGAGUUUCUUACUACAUUUCCUCCCAGUACUUACUUUUCAUGAAGGAUUAGUGGAAAAGCAUGAAGUCACACAUAGGAAACAUUCGGUAGCCACCAAUUAUUACAUGGAAUUUACAAGGAUAAUGAAUGGUAAACGGGAAGACAGUGGUUCAGUUCGCUGAAAUCUUGUAGAAUUAACUUAUCUAAUGAAAAAUCAGUUUAUACUUUGUAUUAAUACCCUGCUUCUGGAGACAGUUAUGUAAUAGAAACACAGAUUGAAGAUUGUCUUUCCUUGCAAAAUAAUUAUUUUUUAAACCAUCUUGUUUUCUUUCUCCACUUUAGGUCAAAUCUCAGCCACAGUUACUGGUUUCAUCUGCUUUUUCUUUUUAAAAACCUGCUUCUGAAAGCCUUUUUUAUACAGAUACUAAAUCUCUGUAAAAGGACUAGGCUUUGUGAAGGAUCGAAAAUAGAUGUGGAUGUGAUGCAUGCAUGGCUUUUCUUUUCCUGUUGUGUCCUGGAAGCCUUUGUUUCAUGUAGACUCUCGACACACAUGUUCCUGAGGUGCAUGAGUAAGAGAACAAAAACCCACCCCAGACAGUCACAAGGCCACGUUCUGGCCACGGGAAGCUGUGGCCGACUGUGCAGGCCGAUGCACCGUUUUCCUGUUGCCUGCCGUGGGGAUUCCAGUUUGGGCCAAGUGAAGGUCAACAUUGUGAAGUUUGCACCGUUCCUUUCUCUGAUGUGAGUGGGUGUGAAAAAGGAAAAUCGGAUCACACUUGCUCAGAAUCAUUUGUGGAUCACAUGGAAGUGAUAGAAACAUUAGUGGAGUUCGCGUCCUCCAUUUGUGUGUCCUAGACUUUCUCUUCUCCAUUCUGGCUUUAUUUCUUAAGGAAUAGUCUGUCCUCUUUUUAGUUCUUUUAACUCUAGUGAGUUUAUCCUAUACGUAAUUGCCAUACUUGGGGAGGGGGGGCGGUGAGAAUCAGAAACAAUCUUCUUGAAACUCAAAGAAUUUUUAGCAAGUAGAUUAACAGUAAUGAGACAUUUGAGAUAUUUUGAAUGCCAGAAUGCUUGAGAACGUUGCCAAAUUAAUAAUCAUUUAAUAUACUUUAGAAUGUAGGUUACCCAAGGAGUAAGUUGACCUGGAAUAGCUUUAUUACUCUUAAGAAUACUUGGAGAAAGGAAAACACAGUUUGCUUCAGUGUCAAGGUUGGUGUGGUUGAGCUGUGGAGUCACCACGGAGCUGCGUGUCCCACAGGCCUGCGCUCAGCAAAGGGUAAAUUCACAAGAGAGGAAGUCCUCUACACUUGGUUAACAGCAGACGGUGUGGGUGGAGCCACACGCCUUAAGAAUUCACCUCUGCUGAGUUGAUACUCUGUCUCGUCUACCGUAUUCUUGUGCUUCACCUGUAUUAAAAAGCUUUGUACUGCCUCUCCUCUUGAAACUGAUAAAACCUUAUAUAAGCCUCAGUUAAUGAGCUUGCACAAUCUUGUAUAUGUACAGGGAACCCCUUCUGUCUCCUAAUGUGAUUACUAAUGUAUGAUAUCAUUCUGUAAAAUUGAUUAAAAGGGAGAGCAGUUGAA